CACCUCGAUGCUCGCCCCAUGGCAGAGAUUGGACGCCGUUAAAACUUUUGUAUUUCCGGCGCUCAACUUUUCCAUGAGGUGUGGCUCCCUUGGUAAAGCAGAGUGGUCUCGCCUGGACACAACGCUUCGCCCGCUGAUCAAAAAGACACUCUACCUGCCCACGAAAGCUGCCAACGACUACCUUUACGGUAGCUCCGCGGCUGGCGCGAUCGGCAUCCCGGUAGCAGCGGAAAUCAGCGACGUCUGCAGAAUUGAUAAUGCUUUCAAAUUGCUUUUUUCUUCAGACAAGGAAGUCCAGGACCUGGCGUUGCGGGCGCUCACAGACGUGACCAGCAAGCGGCUGCGGCGGCCUGCAGAUCCCGGGGACAUGGCCACCUACCUGAGUGGCGAGACGGAGGGAGAGUUCCGGGCCACGGCAACGCAACUCCGGUCCGUGUGGACAGAGGCCCGCAAGGCUUCUCGGCGACUCGGUGUUGUCUGGGAGUUGGAAGAAGGCCCGCGUAUCUCGAGGGGUGACGUGACACUUGGUCCGAAGAAGCGCACUAAGGUAGGUGGUGGGACACUGCGGACGGCACUGGCGCACGCACGAAACCACGAUCUCCACCAAAAACCCAACCAGGGAAAAGUGAUGGAGUGCGUCGCCGCUGACCGCAGCAGUUCCCACUUUGUGCGUACCAGCAUAUUCGCAAGGUUUGCCGACUGGCGUUUCGUUCACCGGGCUCGACUCAACGUCGUUCCCCUGAACGGAGCGAGGCCGUGGGCUACGGCCGUGGACCAACGGUGUAGUUUAGUUGGUGCGGCUCUCAUCCCGAGACACUGCCGCACGUCCAGUGUCACUGCAUGACUCACAGUCAAGUAUACACAAGCCGCCACAACCAGAUCGUUAACCGAGUGAAAGCCGCUGCCUCCACCACGUUCACUGUUACCCACGAGAACCGGCCAGUGGGCACGACUAACCUCUGCCCCGAUCUUGUUCUUUGGAAGGGCGAGGAGGACGUGACCUGCCCCUUUGACAACCGGCCUGCAGCCCUGAUCGAGGCCCGCCAGAAGAAGAAGGAAAAGUACAAGCCAGUCCAGGAGUACCUGCAGCGGAAGUACCAGAAGGUGUCCGUGGAGGCGAUCAUCGUCGAAGCCCUCGGAUCCUGGAACCCCCGGAACGACUGCGUCAUGCGGCGCUUUUGCAGCAAUUAAGAAGUACCUGCGGCUGUUGAAGAAGUUGGCUGUCAGCGAGACCAUCGCAGCA